UGUAUAUGAGCGUCGUGUUUCCGGUUGGCUCUCUCUUUUCAAGUCUCCGCUCCAACAUGCCUCUCGCAAAGGACUUGCUGCACCCUACUCCAGAGGAGGAGAAGAGAAGGCACAAGAAAAAGCGCCUUGUACAGAGCCCAAACUCUUACUUCAUGGACGUCAAAUGCCCAGGCUGCUAUAAGAUCACUACAGUGUUCAGCCAUGCUCAGACGGUGGUGUUGUGUGUGGGAUGCUCCACAGUGUUGUGUCAGCCUACUGGUGGAAAAGCGCGUCUCACAGAAGGGUGUUCAUUCAGGAGAAAACAGCAUUAGUCUCUCACUAUCCUGUCAGUAAGGACAAGGGAGAUCAAAGGAUGGAGCCUGGAUUGGACGAAGGCUUUACAGUGCAUACCCAAGAUCAACCUGCAACUCUGACCUGAAAUAGAAUGAAGUUGAGGGCCAGGUUGUGAACAGACAAAGAUGCUGCUAAAGUCUGUUAGCGUGCUGGACUUGGGAGUCAGUGUAAAGCAUAACUGCCAAACCUGUUUUUCACUUUUCUUUAAAUAAAGGUUUGUUUUUGUUUGAUUAA